AUGCGAACCAACAAUAUCAUUAUUGUUUCCACACUAAUUCUCGGCUUGCUGGACGCCGCCGCCGUGUUCGACAGAAACUUUACGAAACCCUAUGUGCUGAAGAAGACGUGGGUACAGAAUUUCAUCAAAUUCCAGUACAUCUUCGAGGGAAAGCAGGGAAAAGCGAAAAUUGUGCCGUUGGGUGAGUACACGACGAUUUUGAACGAGUAUUGUAGAGUUCUACGACAUGCGUUGAGUCUGAAAACUUCUGAGCGCUACAGUAGUCUUAGAAGUGGUUGUAUCAAAAAUUGGUCAACUACAAAAAUGAAGCGCCAAACGUGAACUUUAUUUCGUCUCUUGACAACUUUUCACGAAAACUUCUCUCAAGGCUACUGUAGCGCGAAACGGAGCAGAUUCGUUGAGAAUUGACCAAAUUGAGGGAUUUUGUCGAAAAUUACUAAAAAAAAAACAGAGUUUUAACGAUUAUUUGCCGAAUCGAGUUCGGACACUGGCAUUCGAACCGUCUCCAGUCGACAAGCAGUUUAUUGCGCAUCUUUUAAGCGCUCAACCGUCGAAAAAUAUACAGAAUUGAUUUCAAAAGCAAAAAAAUUCUGUGAUUUUCACAUAAAACGUUUCGAAAUUGAUGACGAAGCAGUUAAAAUUUAAUUUUUUAUUCAUUUCUAAUCAUUAUCAUAAGUUUUGACACUGAUUGGUUCUGAAACGACGGGGAUAAUGCAAAAAAAGGGGAAAAUUGAAAUGAAUGAGAAACUCUGCAACGACGCUCCGGAAUUACGCGUUACGCGCCUUGUUUAGCGCACGUGAAUUGCGCCGCCAAUUUUUUUGGGAAGGCUGGGGUUCCGUGUACUUGAAACCAUGAAAAUACUUGAAACCUGUUUUGCAGGAUGCGCGCCGAACAACGUCGACAGCGAACAAUAUCUGAAGCCGGGAGAGGAGAGCGUCGAGCACGAUUUUCUGUUUUCGUGCGAGCAAGGCGAGGAUGGCGUCCUCAAUUAUGAAGCGAUCGCGUGCAUCGACGCGUUCGGCGACAAAAUGUAUCCGGGCGAAACGAGACGACUUUCAAACGGGACUGUAGUCCUCCACUGCAACAUUUUCGGCGGCGCACUCAAAAAAGUGGUGGAGAGGGGUAAGCCUAGCGUUUAAGGAGCAUUUAUGCAACAAAUUUUCGUCAGCCGCCGGUUGCUACUUCAACGAGACGAUCUACAGCGAGGAGGAGAAGUGGGUGGAGCCGCAGGUGAACCCGAACGACGCGUCGAUCGACGGACGUCUCAUGCAGUGCUUCCGUCCGCACUACAGCUACUACGAGAGCCACGUUGUCGGCAAGUACCGUAUCGCGUUCACACCGCCCUAAUCACGAGUACUGUAGGUUGUGUGAUCGGCAAACUUGGCGUGCUCGUCGACGAAUUCGCGCAGCUCAACAACGGAUCCUAUGUGAAGUGUGUCGAGACGGAGGCCGGACACGUUUCUCUGAAUGCAGCGAGUCUGGACGGUAGGCGACGGUAGUCAUCAGGGGUGUGCGGAAAAUAUUUCCAUUUCCGAAAUUUUCCGAUUUUCCGAGAAAUUUUCGGAAAAUUUUCCGAAAAUGUUCGGCAAAAUUUUCGGAAAAUUAGUGUGGAUUCAAGGUCAAUUUGUCCGAAACCACCGUAAGCUUUUUAAAGGCGCAUCACAAAAUUUUUGCGGAAAAUAUUUCGAUUUUCCGAAAUUUUCCGAUUUUCCGAGAAAUUUUCGGAAAAUUUUCCGAAAAUGUUCGGCAAAAUUUUCGGAAAAUUAGUGUGGAUUCAAGGUCAAUUUGUCCGAAACCACCGUAUGCUUUUUAAAGGAGCAUCACAAAAUUUUUGGAACGGUCUAGCAGCGAGCGUCUUUUUUUAAAUUUGAUUUUUAAAUUUUACGCAAUUUCUUUCGCGCGUCUCAUUCUCACUGACAAUCGGAAAAUACUGGACCCGGAGAGCUUCUAAUUUUUUUGCAAAAAAAUAUUCCAUUGCUUGGCUUCCGCCCACUCAAGUGAUUUCAAAUCAUAAUAAGCAUUUUUUUGUAUUAGAACGUUGUUUAAACACUUUAUUGAACCAAUGAACAAGUGAGUUUUCCGAUUUUUUUCCGAUUUUUUUCCGAAAUUUUCCGAAAAAUUCGGAAAACCCGAUUUUCCGAAAUUUUUCCGAAAAAAAUUCGGAAAAAAACCGAUUUUCCGAAAGUUUCCGAAAAAAAUUCGGAAAAAAACCGAUUUUCCGAAAUUUUUCCGAAAAAAAUUCGGAAAAAAACCGAUUUUCCGAAAUUUUCCGAAAAAUUCGGAAAAAAACCGAUUUUCCGAAAUUUUCCGAAAAAAAUUCGGAAAAACCCGAUUUUCCGAAAUUUUCCGAAAAAAAUUCGGAAAACCCGAUUUUCCGAAAUUUUUCCGAAAAAUUCGGAAAAAAACCGAUUUUCCGAAAUUUUUCCGAAAAAAAUUUUUCCGCACACCCCUGGUAGUCAUGGUACAAAACAAUGACCGACUAUACCUAGAUUUGUCGUGUAAAAUGGACAAUAUCACACACGAACACGAGAGCAAAUGGAGCGACGAGAAGCGGGGAGCGGUGAUGCGAUGCAAUUUCGGACAUAUUGUCAAGGAGUGUGAGUGGAAGUAGAAGCGAAUAAUUGCAAAAAUUCACAAAAAAUGCGUUCAGCCUGUGUCAUUGGCAACGAAACUCUGCCGAUCGGCCAGGAAGUCGCAGUUUCGCGUGACUGCAUCUUUCUGUGCCACCCGCAAACCAACGUCUACAUCUGUGAUAACCGCUUGGAAGAGUUCAACGUCGUCGAGGGAGACGUUUACGGACCGAUUGAGACCCGAAUCGACGUGUCGACGGAUAAAAGUGUGCAGAAGAAGGAGAAGACGCUGAAAUCACUGUUCAAGUUCUAG